GUCGCCGUCUGCCGCUGCAACCGUCCGUCCAGCCUUCGACAUUCAACAAAAAUGGGUCGCGUCCGCACAAAGACCGUCAAGCGCGCCUCGCGCAUCCUCAUCGAAAAAUACUACCCCCGCCUCACCCUCGACUUCCACACCAACAAGCGUCUCGCAGGUGAGGUCGCGGUGAUCCCCUCCAAGCGCCUGCGGAACAAGAUCGCCGGCUUCACCACCCACUUGAUGAAGCGUAUCCAGCGUGGGCCUGUUCGCGGUAUCUCCUUCAAGCUCCAGGAGGAGGAGCGUGAGAGGAAGGACAACUACGUGCCCGAGGUGUCGGCCCUUGAUGUGGGCGAGGCGGGUCUGGAGGUUGAUGCUGAAACCCAGGCUCUCUUGGUUGCUCUCAACUCGGACAUCAAGACCACCCUCCUGCAGCCAGUUACUGCGUUCGUUGCUCCUGAGAGGCCGAGACGCGAGAGGAGGACCGUGCCUGGUGCUGCCCCGAGGGCAUAGGUAUUGGAAGAGCCGUGAUUGAGGACGGGCGCAUGACCAUGUAUACAUUCUCCCAUACACCCGUGUUAUCGUCGAUUAUGAACAUGAUGUGCAUGUCAUUUUGUUCAAAUAGCUGGCCGACAGCAGAGUGUCCGAAUGACACAUUCAACUUGCUCCCCC